UUAUCUAUGGCUGCGGCUGGCAGCGCCUACGUUCGUCGGUUCGUUCGCUUCGGAUUCGUUCUCAGCAUCGGAAAUUGAACGAAUGACGUCCGAGAGUGAAGAGAUGUGUUUUUGAUGUGCUUGGUGGAGUGCAAAUGGAUUUGUUCUAAAUGAGUUCAAAUAUUCAUUUAACAGUGUUUGGAAUUAAUAUAUAUGUUCAAUGGAAAAUUUCUAAGCUUUUAUUUAUUCAUGGAUAAUGAAAAUGUCGUGACAGAUGCAAAUUUUAAUGGCGAAGCUAAUGUCGUAGUCCACUUUUGUACCAAGAUGGCUGUGACUACUACAUUCCUUGCUUGUCCGUCAAAUUCUUCAGUGAAGGACACAAGGAGUAUUGUCGUCACCUUUAAAUGCACAAGAUUUGGUAGUUAAUUUUUAUUGUAAUCAAUUAAGUGCAAGGCAUAAGAAAGUGUAAAUAUACAAUGAAUUAAGGGCUAUCUUUUGAAAAACUACUACCUGAAUUAACAUACAAAAUUUUUAUCAAGUUUCGACAGAGCAUUUAAUGAAAAUGUGAUACUGAGUAUGUGCCUUGCAGAUACGGAGUCCUGAAACAUUUCUUUCUUUGUCUCCAGUUGCUUUAUUUAGUUUUAUUAAAAUACUGCAUACAUAAUAAUCUAGUCAUUAGUCACAGUAAUUGGCAAUUUUUUUGUGAAGUAGUUUAUUAUUGUACAAAUUUUAUUUGCUCAGUGCUAAAAAGUUCAAUUAAUGUAAGAAUUGUGUUAAUAAAUAUUAAGAAAUCCAUUGAAAACGUAUAUGUCUGAAAUUAGUUCAGAAGGAUAUAUACUAGUGAAUUGAUAAAAAUAAAUAUACAUCAACAUGACAUCGCACAGUAAACUUGCUCCGGGUGGGACUAAUCCUCCGCCUCAAGGUUCCUCAAGUGGAGCUGAUGGUGAUUACCAACUAGUUCAGCAUGAAGUUUUAUACUCCAUGGCUAAUCAAUACGAGGUACUUGAAUUUUUGGGUCGAGGAACUUUUGGGCAAGUUGUUAAGUGCUGGAAGAAAGGCACUAACGAAAUAGUGGCAAUCAAAAUAUUGAAGAACCAUCCAUCAUACGCUCGCCAAGGCCAAAUAGAAGUGUCAAUAUUAUCACGUCUGAGUCAGGAAAAUGCCGAUGAGUUUAAUUUUGUUCGUGCAUUUGAAUGUUUCCAACAUAAAAAUCAUACAUGUUUGGUUUUUGAGAUGCUUGAGCAAAACUUGUAUGAUUUUUUAAAGCAGAACAAAUUUUCGCCUCUGCCUUUGAAGUUUAUAAGACCUAUUCUUCAGCAAGUUCUCACUGCUAUGCUCAAGCUUAAGCAAUUGGGAUUAAUACAUGCUGAUUUGAAGCCUGAAAAUAUCAUGUUAGUAGAUCCUGUUAGGCAACCAUAUAGAGUGAAAGUAAUAGAUUUCGGCAGUGCAUCACAUGUCAGUAAAGCUGUGUGCAACACAUACUUGCAAUCUCGAUAUUAUAGAGCUCCAGAGAUAAUUUUGGGUUUACCAUUCUGCGAAGCUAUCGAUAUGUGGUCACUGGGAUGUGUUGUAGCCGAAUUAUUUUUGGGGUGGCCUCUAUAUCCAGGUUCUUCUGAAUAUGAUCAAAUCCGUAAUAUUAGUCAAACUCAAGGAUUACCAACUGAGCACAUGCUAAACAAUGCCUCUAAGACAACCAAGUUUUUCUAUCGGGACAUGGAUAGUACUUAUCCCUUCUGGAGGUUAAAAACUCCAGAAGAGUAUGAGGCUGAAACUGGCAUAAAAUCAAAAGAAGCACGAAAAUAUAUUUUCAACUGUUUAGAUGAUAUUGGACAAGUUAAUGUGCCUACUGACCUUGAGGGUGGACAAUUACUGGCUGAGAAAGCAGACCGUCGAGAAUUUGUUGAUUUGCUUAAAAGAAUGCUGACCAUGGACCAGAAUCUGGUGAAAUUUCAGGAACGCCGCAUAACGCCUGGUGAAGCAUUGAAUCAUGCCUUUGUAAAUCUUGCUCAUCUGGUGGACUAUGCACAUUGUAAUAAUGUUAAAGCUAGUGUUCAGAUGAUGGAAGUGUGUCGAAGAAACCCUGAUUACAACAUUAAUGUCAAUCACCACCAAGCUUCCCAACCAACCACAUUGGUAACUAACUUUGUUCCAAAUAGUAAUGGCAAUGUUACAUUCACUAUAAAUAAUCAACUUACGAAUCAAGUACAAAGAUUAGUUAGAGAGCGGCCAUCUUAUGACAACUUGUACCAGUUAUAUGGCAGCCGGACUGUGGGUCGGCAGUAUGCAGGUUCCUCCCGUACAGAUCCUUUUCAACACCAACUUGUUUCUUCAAUAUUAUGUCCACCUGGAUAUCAAGCAAUGGGUUCUCCAGCUAAGCAUGUGACUGUUGUUGGAACCCAAGGUGCAAGUGGUGCUCUGCAGAUUCAACCUCCAAUUCUUUCUGGGCAGGUAACUGGACAGCAAUAUGUUCCCGUAUCCAUGGUUGAGCCAAAUGGUCGGCAAAUGUUAUUGACGAAUGCUGUUCAGUCCUCAUGGCCUGGAAAUAGGCAAAUGGCCAUUAUUCCAUCAUGGCAGCAGAUGACGGGUCAUUCACAUGGCCAUUCUCAGCAUACUAUGGCUCCGCCUCUUAUUCAAGAAGGUGUGGCUGUUAGUGAUUGGGGUCGACCCUUACUGGUAGAUUCGGCAGCUAUUUUGCAGGAUCAAAGACCAGUGUUUGGCGUCGAUGUUAGUGGUGAUGUGUACAGUGGGUCGCUUAUUGAUCAUGGGACUUGGACAACAAAGAGAAAUUCCAAAGCAAGUCAUUCUCAUUUAACAGUUCCUUCUUCACAUCAUAGACAUAACCACAAGAAAGAACCAACGCAGCUCAGCCCAGUUAAAAAACGUGUUAAAGAGGGUACUCCGCCUUCUGAAUCACAGAUGUAUAGUAACAGUAGAGGAAGACGAGCUUCUCCAAAUAAUUGGCAGCACAGUGAUACUAUUGACCACUCGAUAUCCAAGGUUAUUACACCAGUCAUUGGGCGCCAACAUACCAUAACUAUCCAUGAUACUCCCUCGCCAGCUCAGGUAAUAACUAUAUCAGAUAGUGAGGACGAAGCUCCGAAUAAAACUGUGUCUCAACCUCCUGUGAACAACAGGCAGCAAAAUAGAACUGUUGAACAUGGAGCAGGCCAUGUUAAUGUCAUGAAUGGAACGAUUUCUCACAAUGUUACGAGUCAACAGAACAACAUUAAUGCAAUAACAUCUAAUGGGAACAAUAAUAUUACUUCUAGUAAUAUUUUGAAUACUUCUACGGUGGCUGCUGUACAUACACACCAAAAUGCUUCUACCCAAUACAUCAGCAAUCCUAAUAUAACAUUACCUCAGAAUGGUGGUUCUUUAAGGCAAAGGAAAAAUAAUAUUGCUUUUGUGAAUGUAGCAGAUUCUGACAGUGAAGACUAUAGAAGUCCGGCUAAACAAAACGCAUAUCAGGCUCAGUCUAUCAAACAUGAGCCAUUCCAUCAUUCUCAAAAGAAACGACUACUUGCAUUAGCUCAAUCAGAAUGCAUGCUGAAUGGUAAUAAUCAAAAUGUGCAUAGUGGCCACAACAUUUCUACAAAGCAGGAGCCUGGUGUUGUUACAGCGAAUGAUUGUCAACAAUCUAACUGUUCACAAGAUUUCUUUGGAACUGUUAUGCAGCCUUGCACCUCUAAAGAUUAUGUCCAACCCCAAUAUAAUUAUGAUACUCAUUGUACAAUUGAUAAGCGAGGGUCAUGGGCUCCUCCGGCGCAUUCUCAGUCCAAUCACAGAAGAGAAUCAAACAGGGAAUAUAAAAUUCAACUGAAGGAAUAUACACAGCCUCCACAAGCGCAUACCAGAGAAGUACCCAGAGAACCUCACAAAGCAUGGGUUGGCACACACUCCCAGCAUAUCCCAAGUUACAGCAGACAUGGAUCUCACAUUUCUCCCGGUCCAGUUUGUGCGACACGAGUUUCUCCCAGUCAUCCUCUAUCAGCUGCAGGACAACCCCUUUAUCAAGCGGACCUCUAUAGAAGGCCCGCUGUAUAUGUUACCACAACUCAGCCGACAUACAUACCUGCCAAUCCUGUUCAACAAUAUGCCGGAAUGGAGUACACUUUCCCUGAUGGUAGAGCUCUACCACCUCCAGCUCAUCAUGGCAGCCGACCAGCAGCUGUUUUAUCUGCCCAUCAUCUACCUACGCAUCCAUUGCCUGCCCAUAUGCAAUUUCCUUCUCAUCAAUAUGGAUUCGGAGUUGCUCCACUGAGUCCAGCUAAGCAAUACCAAUCAAGCCUGUGGUUUGCAGAGUAACCAACUAUAAAUACGUAUGUUAUUUAAAGAGUAAUAGUAUACUGCUUUUAUUUCACAAUAUCAGGGAAAAAUUGGACUUUACUGUACUUUAUUCUAACUAUUCAUAUGUAUCAUUGAUAAAUGCAAGUUUUUGUAUUGCAUAUUAUAUAUUGUGUGUGCGUAUAUGCAAUACUUGUGUGUAUAGUUAUAUGUAUGUACAUACUGUAAUAUUAUGUAAUUUUUAUACAUAUUUUCAUAUAUUACUUCAUAUGUAUGCUACAAAUAAGGACAGUUCAAAUUUAUAAGGUAAACUAUGGAUGUUUACAAAAGUAAUAUUUAUUAAUGUCUAUGAAUGAGUAGGCAAGACAAGACAUGCAUUUGUUUUUUAAUAGCAAGCUGA